AUGGCUGACAGCGCUAACUGGCGCUCUCGCUCGGCAAGCAACGCUGCCCACUCUCGCAGCACUCCCCUGAGCGGGGCUAACAGCGCGGGCCAUAGCAGGGGAGGUUCGAUUCGCCGCAGUGGUAAAAAAGGAAAACACUCUAAAGCACCUGCUAAGGACUUGCCGGUUCUUUCCCAGCCUUCCAAUUUCAUGGAUGAUCUGAGAAAGCGCUAUAUUUCUCUUAUCGCACAGGCAAAAACGCAGUGGAUUGACAAUCCUAAAAAUGUGGUCUACUCUUACAUGCAGUCACGUACCGGCACCACACCCGACUUCCAGUUCGUGGAAGGUCGGUUUCCUGGCCCGAUCAACAAGGUUGUGCGUUGCACGUUCUUAAUUGAUCAGGAAUUUGAGAUUCAUUCGGCGGGCGACGGCAAGACGCAGAAGGAGGCAGAGCGGGCGGCUGCGUUCCAUGGUAUGCUUCUACUCAUGGAACGUGAUUUCAUUGCAAAUCCUCCUCCCGGUCUCUUCGGCACAUCGUCCAAGGCCAAUGCCAAAACUCUCACGAUCUCGUUAUCUGAUGGGACAGAGCUCAAUGUGGAGCGUGCCCGCGAGUUUCUCGACUACUUCUGCCACGAAUGCCAUUACGGCAACCCAGACCUUUCUAUAGAAGAGGUGCAUGGUCAGCAUGGCCGUCGAGCCUUGAUUGCAGGCUGGCGCGCCGUCAUGUCCAUUGGUGGCACAGAAGUCGCUGAAGGUAUGGGCACGAGCAAAAAAUUGGCCCAAAACAUGGCGUAUCUCAACACAGCUGCCCAGAUCGAGGGCGAGUAUCGGGACAUGUGGGCCAAGUUUUUGGAAGUGCCACAGAAUAGGCCGAUGGGCAAAGCCCCACCGAUCUUUUUCCAUGCCUCUGAAUCGUUGGACGACAGUAUGCGUGAGCUCUACGACCAAAUUCGUAAGAGUGAACUAUACUUCAAUCGUCCACGCACGACAGCUGCUUUCCGAAAGUCGUCGGUGGAUGAGGUGUCAACGGUGCGCCGUCGUGGUUACCGCGAGACCCCCUCACUGACGGACGAGCAGCAUGCCGAAAAGUCUAAGGUCAUGCUUGAGUCGCUCAAUGCUUACCAAACGGACGACCGAGUCCAGGCCAUGCGAAGUGCACGUGAGGCAUUGCCUGUUCAUCAGCGAUCAGGCGAUGUCUUGGUGAAAGUGGAGCUGAACCCUGUCACUGUAUGCAUGGCGGCGACGGGCUCUGGUAAGACGACGCAAAUUCCGCAAAUUCUGCUGGAUGAUGCGAUUCUGCGUAAGCAGGGCUCUCGCUGCAAUAUCAUCUGUACACAACCUCGUCGUAUUGCGGCUAUUAGUGUGGCUCAACGUGUGGCAAAAGAGAGAGGCGAGAACAUUGGCGAAACCGUGGGCUACCAGGUGCGCUUUGACAGCAAGCUUCCUCAGCCUCAUGGCUCCAUUACGUUUUGCACCACAGGUGUAUUCCUACGUCGCCUUCAGGCGGCGAUGGAAGACCCUGCGGGUGCAUCAUUUUUGGACAGUGUAACACAUAUCUUGAUGGACGAAGUGCAUGAGCGCGAUGUCGAGACAGAUUUGCUUCUUGUUGUGAUCAAGCGUGUGCUUGCUGACCGUAUGAAGCGCGGCCGUACCGAUAUCAAACUGAUUCUUAUGAGUGCCACUGUGGAUGCCAAGCUAUUCCAGAACUACUUUGCCGAGCUCUCUCCUUCGGGCCGUCCAGCGCCGGUCGUGGAGAUCCCUGGGCGUAGUUUUCCUGUGGAGAAGCAUUAUUUGGAGGAAACAGUGGCACGUCUGCAGUCUUUAGCCUUGCCUCGCGAACAGGGUGGCUGGGUCUGGGACGAAAAAAAUGUGGUUGAGUACGUGCAACGUGAAGUGAUUCACCAUGGCGGUCACAUUGAGGAUGCCUCGAAAGACGGGGACCAGGAUGUGGUUGACGACUUGGAGAUUCCGUAUCCGCUGGUAUCUCUAAUGAUUGCGGACAUUGUAACGCGAUCAGAUGAUGGGCAUAUCUUGGUUUUCUUGCCGGGGUGGGAUGAGAUCAAAGUGGUGCAUCAGCUAUUGUUAUCGACCGAUGGCCGAUCGCUUCUCGGCGUGCCAUUUGCUGACGAAAACCUAUUCGAGAUCCACAUUCUUCAUUCGUCUGUACCUGUGGAAGAACAACAGGCUGUGUUUGAGCCUGUGCGCGCUCCUGGUAUCCGCCGCAUUAUCUUGUCGACCAACAUUGCAGAAACCUCGGUAACGAUCCCCGAUGUUGUGUAUGUGGUCGAUACCGGUCGUGUGAAGGAGAAACGCUACGACCCGCAGCGACACCUCUCUAGCUUGGUCUCGGCCUGGGUCGGCACGUCGAACUUGAAUCAACGUGCUGGUCGUGCUGGUCGUCACCGUGCUGGUGAAUACUAUGGUGUCCUAUCAAAAAGUCGCUACAAUCGUUUGCGUGUUCAUCAAACUGUGGAGAUGAAGCGCGUGGAUUUAAGCAAUGUAGUGAUGCACAUUAAAGCUCUGAACCUGCCCGGCAUGGAUGUGGAAGACGUCCUGGCUGCGGCCAUCGAGCCACCAGCCUCAGAUCGCGUCCAUGCUGCGAUGGCAGAUUUGAAGCGAAUUGGUGCUUUAGACUAUCAUUUGAACCUAACCUCCCUAGGCAAGGUUCUCCUGCAAUUACCACUGGAGGUAUCUAUUGGGAAGAUGUGUUUAUAUGGCGCAUUUUUCCGAUGCUUGGAUCCUGUACUUGCCUUGGCGGCCGUGCUGACCAAUCGUGAUCCGUUUAUGUCUCCUAUGCAUCUAAAAAAAGAAGCGAAUGCCAUCAGGGACAGUUGGUGCCCUGUAACAUUCCGUUCCGAUCCUCUUUGUGUGUUGAAUGCCUUUUAUGAAUGGACGGGCUUGCAGUCUGUGAGCUCGUCCCAAGCCAAUCGGUUUCUAUACAACAAUAUGUUGAGUCGUCCGACCAUGCUGCAAAUUCAGCAGGUGAAGCAGAACCUAUUUCAAAGUCUCGAAAAGGCGGAUGUGAUCAAAGUGAUCCGUCGCUCCUCUUCCAUGGUGCCUCGUUAUCGACGUCGGUCUCGUGAAACCGACCCUGAAUUCAACAUCAAUGCGGGCAGCACGCCAUUGCUCUGCGCAUUGAUUGCGGUGGCAUCAUCGCCCAACUUUGCGAUUCGCACGGGCGAACGUACAUUCAGGACAGUCCAAGACAAGACGUGCUUUGUACAUCCCUCGAGUGUGUGCAGUUCUAAGUUUGUCAAGGAUAAGCCGUCCAAGGGAGCUGGAGCGAUCGAGAAGGAUAUCUAUGCUUUUGCUGAAAAGGUGCGGAACACAUCAACCUCUUCGUCUGGAGCGGCUGGAAGUGGCAUGACAUUCUUGAGAUCUUGUACACGACUUGACCCUCUAACGUAUAUGCUCUUUGGUGCUACUGAUGCACAUGCCACAGCGCAAGGUCUGGAGUGUGACUCGUGGCUGCCUGUCACAGGCAACUACGAUGCGCUGGAUGUGGUGGAGCGUAUUAAAUCGGUAAUGGAUUCGUGUAUGCUUCGAGUCUUCGAAGGUAUCCAGAGCACGGAGCCAAGUGCUAUGGCUUCUUCCAAGUCCAAAGGUCCCUCAACAGACGGCUCUGCUCCUCCUUCAGACACGGCAGAGCCUUCUUGGUAUUCGGAUGCCGAGGAAGAUGCUGACCCCAUGCCACCGAUGACCCGCAGUCUCUCCGACCGGGAGGUGUCCGAAUUUGAGACUUUGACAUCAGGUAUUGUGAAACUGCUCAAUUGCUAUGCGAGUGAGCAUCUUGGCUACUAA